AUGAUGGGCGACGUGCUGGAUUCGGACCCGCACGAUGCUCCAAGCGCGGUGGCCCGCCACCGCCACCGCCAGAGCGACGAUGCUCGCCAACUGCGCCGCACCCGGGACUACCGCGCCCUCACGGCCGUGGUGCAGGAGCUGCGGCGGCAGCGGGAGCAGGCCCUGCACGACAUCGCCCGGCUGGCCCUCCUGCGGGAGCGCGCCCUCGCCGCCCCUGUCCCCUUCGUGCUCCGACUCAAGCGCGAUCGCGCCUGCCUGGACGAUAGCAGCAGCAGCAGCCAUGACGGCAGCAGCGAUGCCAACGCCGUCGCCCGGGGCGGUGGGCGUGGACAGGGGGACCGGGACGAUGACGACGACGCAGAGCGUCCGCAGCACGAUGCGGAGGAAGAGUCGUUCGCGGAUGAUCCAGCGGCCGGCCCCAUGCUUCCCCUGCCGCGGAGGCAGUUCGUGGCGCGUCUCCCCCGCGUGGACCUCCACCGCUACGCCUAUGCCUCGCGGCCGCGCGGCCCGCGACGAUCCACCACCGCCACCACCACUCCUACCACGACCACUGCCACCACCUCCACUGCCAUUGCCACAACCACCACCACUUUGUCGUCGCUGGCCGUGGCCUCAGGCGAGAAGGAGGCCACGCACGAAGAAGGGCGAGAGAUGAGCGAGCGGGUGGCCUCCUCCAGCAACGCUUCCAUCACCCACCACGACGCCGGCGACGAUGACGACGACGACAACCAGAUGGACGAGGUCCUCGAUGGGGGCCAGGUUCCCAGCGCCGGCACCGGCACUGCCCGAGAAACCGACUCAAGCGCCGCCGCCGCCGCCGCCGCGGCGGGGCUGCAGCGCAUCAAGCAGGAAGAGGCCGAACGGCCAACCGGCCACGGCGAAGGCCGCCACCACCCCCACCACCACCACCACCACCACGACGAAGACGUGCACGUGGCACCGGUGGCGGCGGGGGUCAAGCGAGAAGGCGGCGUCAAGGAGGAGUUUCCGCCGGACGAGGGCAGCCUCCCCCGCGAGGAGCCCAAGGCGGGAGACGUGAUCCGCGGGCGGGUGUGGGACGAAGACAAGCCCUCGACGUUCAACAAGCUGUGGACGCCCGACGAGCAGCGCCGGCUGGAGCUCCUCCUCCUGGAGAUCCCCGACGAGGAGGUAGCCGCGCACCGCUGGUCCAAGAUCGCCCGCGCCCUGGGCAACCGCACCCCACGCCAGGUAGCGUCGCGCGUGCAGAAGUACUUCAUCAAGCUGGCGCGGGCAGGCCUCCCCGUGCCCGGGAAGCCCCCCAAUCUCGACGUGUGCCUCCGCAAGCGCCGCAAGACCGCCCACCACCACCACCAGCAGCACACAGCAGCCAACCCACUCCGGGGCGGGGAGCGGGCUGGAGGGAGCGGCAGCCUACUACACUCUCCCGCCCGUGCAGAUGCCGGACGACGACGACGAAGAGGACGACGACGACGACGGCGACGGCGACGAUGA